AUGGAAAGAAAUAACAGUGGACCUACUAAAAAAAUUCUAGCAGCCGAGGUAAUGCAGUUAAAAGCAGAAAAUUCUCAAUUGAAAGAAGAAAUUCAAAACAACAAAAACGAAAUUGAGAAAUUAAAAAAAGAAUUAGAGACGACCAAAAUGCAGUUAAAGCAUAAAGAUUGCAGUAAAAAUUGUGUGCUAUGUGCUAUAGGUUGGAUUUGCGGAAAAUAUCUGGAUCUGCGAGACCUUUGUGGUCGCCAGUUAGAAAAGAUAAUAACUGCGCAUGCAAGCGACAAAAUUGAAAACGAAGAUUUACAGCGCGACCGGUUAAUGGAAAUGUUAGAGAAAUGCGGAAUAGUCACAAGAGCUAAGGAGUUCAAGUAUGAGCCUGCGAGUGAGAUAGAUAACGCAUGGAAAACACUCGUGGAAAUGGAUGGUGGUGGGCUAGGUGUAGUGAUACUUGGAAGAAUUAUUUCAGAGGCUAAUGGCGCCGUGGGUCAUGUUGAAGUGUGUGACUUGGACAAAGAAAGAUGGGAAGGUAACAAUCAAUGA